CGAGCGGCGGUGCUUCGUCCUGCGCGCCCGCCUCCAAGCAACAGCCAGCCCUCCUGUUCGGUGGCGACCGUCCAUUUCCCUCUGUUUCCCCGUAGCGUUAGCAGAUACCGUCGGAGCUCUACACAGAUAUGGCUGACCAACUAACAGAAGAGCAAAUUGCUGAGUUCAAGGAGGCCUUCUCCCUGUUUGAUAAAGAUGGCGAUGGGACCAUCACCACAAAGGAGCUGGGCACCGUUAUGAGGUCACUGGGUCAAAACCCAACUGAGGCAGAACUGCAGGACAUGAUCAACGAGGUGGAUGCUGACGGCAACGGGACCAUCGACUUCCCUGAGUUCCUGACGAUGAUGGCGAGGAAGAUGAAGGACACUGACAGUGAGGAGGAGAUCAGGGAGGCGUUCAGAGUCUUUGAUAAGGAUGGAAACGGGUACAUUAGUGCAGCAGAGCUGCGUCAUGUGAUGACUAACCUGGGAGAGAAGCUGACGGACGAGGAAGUAGACGAGAUGAUCAGGGAAGCCGACAUCGAUGGAGAUGGACAGGUCAACUACGAAGAAUUUGUUCAGAUGAUGACCGCCAAGUGAACUGGGCUCGCGUUAAUGACAAAGAAUUCGUCAAACGUUUCACUUACCUCUUAUUGCAAAAAUCUACAUUUAAUCAUACUGUUCUGUAUCAACAACUUAAACUGAAUGUUCAAAAUCUCAAAUCUGUCCAUAUUAAACAAGUUCACAAAAAGGAAAAAAAAAAAACCCAACUGAAUCUGCAUGUACUGGCUUGUACCCCCACCUCUCUGCCCUGCCCCCUCCCCCACCUCAGCGCCGAGCUGCCCAACCAGAUCUCAACACAGCAGCCCAGCAGUCGCUGCACAGCCGGCUACCUGACGUCACGUCGAUGACUUGGGCCAUCCGAUCGCCUUUCUUCC